CCAACACUACGUCCAACACUAUGGCUAAGCAGUACGAUGUGCUCUUCCGACUCCUGCUUCUCGGAGAUUCUGGGGUUGGAAAAACAUGUUUGUUAUGCAGAUUCACGGACAACGAAUUCCACCCGUCUCACAUCUCCACCAUUGGAGUUGACUUCAAAAUGAAGACACUAGUAAUAGAUGGUAUCAAAGUACGGAUACAAAUAUGGGACACUGCAGGCCAGGAAAGAUACCAGACCAUCACUAAGCAGUACUACAGACGAGCACAGGGAAUCUUCCUGGUGUAUGAUAUCACGAGUGAGCGAUCUUUCCAGCACAUCAUGAAAUGGGCCAGUGAUGUGGAUGAGUACGCUCCUGACAAGGUCCAGAAGAUUCUCGUGGGGAAUAAGUCGGAUGAGGUGGACAAGAGGCAGGUGGCCACGGAGCAAGGAAUCAAGCUUGCCAAGGCUUAUGGAAUGGACUUCUUUGAGACAAGUGCCUUCACCAACCACAAUAUAACAGAGACUUUUACACGACUGGCUGAACAGGUGCUGGCAGCCAAUAAAAAGGACCUGGAUCUGCUCCGGAUGUCCAUUAAUGAUGAGCUUAAUCUUGCUGCUCUGGAGGAGGAGGAGGGACUCUGUGACGGUGCGGCUGGUGACCAGCGCAAAGGCUGCUGGUGUUAA